AUGAUGCGGGCGUUUCUCGUGCUUGCCUUCUGUGCCAUCAUCGGCCAAGCUUUCUCCUCUGAUGUGAUCGACCUGUCAAAUGAAGACUUUACGUCGGCCAUCGCUCAACACGAUACCAUUCUGGUGGAGUUUUUUGCUCCCUGGUGCGGGCACUGUAAGCGACUGGCGCCAGAGUAUGAAACGGCAGCCACGAAGCUAAAACAGGGCGAUCCAGCUAUUCCCCUUGCCAAGGUGGACUGUACCAGUGACAUCGGAAAGGAGACCUGCAACAGCGUCGGCGUCAAUGGUUACCCAACGCUUAAGAUCUUCAAGAAUGGUGAAUUCUCCGCCGACUACAACGGUCCCCGUCAGGCCGACGGAAUCGUCAAGUACAUGAAGUCCAAGGUCGGCCCAGCCUCAAGGCUGUUCAGCGAAAAGUCGCAGCUGGCCAGCGCCAUUGAAAAGCUUUCGGACGUGAUUGUGCUGGGCAUCUUCGAGAAGGACGGCGCUUCUGACCUGCAGUCGACCUUCCUAAAGGCGGCCGAUAAGCUGCGCGAGAGCGUAUCUUUUGGUCACGUCUUUGUCAAGGAUGUCUCUGAUGUCUACGAGAUUGCCCGUCUGGCUGGCCUCGAUGAGCAGGUUCGCGUCAACUCGAACAACGUCCUGGUGGUGCGCCCGAAGUCUUCGAUCAACAAAUUCGAGCCCAGCAUCGCUGCCUACUCAGGCAAUGGCGAUCUCACCGAGUUUGUCAAGUCGAACUUCCACGGUCUGGUUGGUGUUCGCACUCAGGACAACAACGCCGACUUCCGCGCUCCCCUGGUGACCGUCUACUACGACGUGGACUACGUGAAGAACCCCAAGGGAACCAACUACUGGCGCAACCGCGUGCUCAAGGUGGCCCAGAACCACAAGGACGUUACCUUUGCCGUCUCCAACGCCAAUCAGUUUUCCGGCGAGCUGGAGGAGUUUGGUCUGGAGGCUCCUCGUGAUCGUGACGCCAGCCCGGUGGUUGGUGCCCGAGAUGAGGCCGGUCAGAAGUACAAGCUGGAGGGUAAAUUCAGCAUUGAAAGUCUGGAGCAGUUUGUCAAGGACCUGAAAGACGGCAAGCUGGAGGCUUUCCUCAAGUCCGAGCCGGAGCCUGACAACGAGAACGCCGAUGUUAAGGUGGCGGUUGCCAAGAACAUCCAAGAUCUGGUCAUCAACGCCGACAAGGACACCCUGAUCGAGUUUUACGCUCCCUGGUGCGGUCACUGCAAGAACCUGGCUCCGACUUACGAAGAGCUGGGCAAGGCCCUGAAGAACGAGCCCGGUGUUCAGGUUGUGAAGAUGGACGCCACUGCCAAUGAUGUGCCACCGCAGUUUGUCGUUCACGGCUUCCCCACCAUCUACUGGUACCCGAAGGACAAGGUGGCCAAGAAGUACGAGGGCGGCCGCGACCUGAACAACUUUAUUGAGUACAUUGCCAAGCACGCCACCGAUGAGCUGGCUGGCUACGACCGAGACGGCAAGGCCAAGAGCGGAAAGGAGGAACUGUAA